AUGUCCGUUAACCUAACGCAAUCUCUGUCUGCAGCAUUGUGGGACCGGAAAGUGAUGAAUCUUUCUUGGCGAAAGAAAAAAGUCUUCAGCAACAAAAUCCGCUCUGAGUCUCACGUGCAACAUGAACCACAUUCUAUGGACCCAUACAUUGAAUAUCUCAAAUCUCCUGCUUCUACCAAGCUGCCGCACGACGACAAUGGGUCACCGUUACUCUCAUCAUCAUCCAGUGAUAUUGUGAUAGGAAAGAUGAAAGUCAACGAGCACAAAUAUGAUUUAUUGAAGGUCCUCUUCUCUGGUCAAGGACUUGUAGGUCGCGGAACCAUGUGUUACUUGGCCAGGAGGGAUGGCAAAGAGUACAUCAUCAAGGAUCACUGGGUGAAGAAUAGCAGGAAUGGCAAAGUGGACGUGCAAGAAAAGAUGGAUAUUGUUAUGAAUGAAGUGGACAUGCUGGAAGCGAUGAAGGACGUCCCAGGUGUUCCCAAGCUCGUGGAAUUCUGGCUCGUAGAGGUGACGCCGAACCAGCCCGACGAUACGCAACUAUAUCACCAGAAAAUACACAACAGCACGAUUGGAAUGUAUCGUACACAUGAACUCGUUAGGACAUUAUGUGACAUUGCGCUAAUUCAGUGGUGCACAUAUGAAGAAUAUCGCAUUUUGCACAGAGACUGCAGUCUGAACAAUGCCAUGAUAGAGGACAUCAGAGGUGGCAGUCGAGGGGUGUUGAUAGACUGGGAAUUUGCGAUGCGCAUCACGAAGGACGAUAUGUAUCCUACCGGUGGAACAGGCACGAUUCCCUUUAUGUCGGUUCAUGCCCUCACUGAGAUGGCCCAAAUCCAGUACACACAAAGUCAGAUGGAAGGAACUCAACUUAAGACAGCCUCAAGCUUCAAACCCAUCCAAAUAGGAAGAGUCGAACACACCUUCCUCGAUGACCUUGAAUCCCUGUUUUAUGUCUUCGCCUGGGUCUGUAUCAUGUUCAAAGGUCCUGCUGGUGCAGUGCGCCGCCUUGAUGACACUGCGGAUCGUCCUGUCAGGAAAGUGACACCUUGGCUACCACACAAAUGGAAUGGCUCGCCUUUGGAUGCUCAUGCAUGUGCUUACAAGAAGUUCUUCUUUGUGCAACACCCAACAGGGAAAGCUCGCCUGCGCGAACAAUUCGCCCCCUAUUUCCAAGACCUCAUUCCCCUUGCAGAGGAGUGGUAUGAACUUGUUAAACAGGGGAACACAAGCACAUACUUCAAUGACAUAACUGCCUUGCUAAACAAGCACCUUGACAUCCUGGCAAACGAUGAACGGGACCCUUACUUCGUGCUAGAUCAAAUGCAGUUACAGGAGUCGUUGAAAGGGCUGAACGAUAAAUUGAAACACAUUGCAGAGGAGGAGGAAGAGAACGCCAAGGGACCAAAUGUGGCAUAA